GACCUGUUAAGAAGGAGGUGAGUGAGUUAUUCUUUUCAUCCUUCAAUUGUCAGAGAUCAUUAUCACCUUGGACUUGGAAAGACAAAGAUGGCCCGAAAAGAGGAGCAACAUCUUCGGAUUGUACUUGUUGGAAAAACUGGAGUUGGGAAGAGUGCAACAGGAAACACUCUUUUAGGAAAAAAAGUAUUCAAGUCGAAGCUGUCAUCUUCUUCACUGACAACAGAGUGUCAGAAGGAACUGGGACAGUUUGGUGCUCAAACUCUGGCUGUAAUUGAUACUCCAGGCCUUUUUGAUACCAGUAAAACUGAACAGGAGGUGAGAAGAGAGAUUACUAGAUGCAUGUCAUUAGCUUCUCCUGGUCCUCAUGUAUUCAUGGUCGUGAUCCAGCCAGGGAGAUUCACCAAAGAAGAACAGGAAACUGUAAAUAUCAUUCAGCGGAUGUUUGGAGAACAAGCUUCACGUUUCACAAUGGCUUUGUUCACUCAUGGAGAUGAUCUGGAAGCAGAAGAGAGUCCCAUAGAAGAGAUAAUAGAGGUAAAUCCAGCUCUGAAGAAGUUUGUCAAUCAGUGCCUGGGAGGAUACCAUGUCCUUAACAACAGGAAUGGAAAUCCAGAGCAAUUGAAGGAGCUACUAUCAAAAAUUAACACAAUGGUUCAGAAAAAUAAGGGACAACAUUUCACCAAUGAAAUGUUUGAAGAAGCAGAGAGAAUAAUAAAACAAGAAACUGAGAGGCUUCUGUCAGAAAAUCCAGGUAUGGGAGAUGAGGAAGCAAGAAGACGAGCAGAGAAAGACAACCCAUUAACCCGGGCCGUUCGACACGGAGCUGCUAUUGGGGCAGUAGCUGGCUUCCUGGGGGGGCCAUUGGGAGCAGCAGUGGGGGCAGCACUGGGAGCUUUAUUUGGGGCUAUAUCAGGCUCAGUGAAGGAAAACCAAUGUAUUAUUCAAUGAUUCCCAUGGCAUUGAAUUUUACCAAGUAAAAUGUUUGA